AUGUCCGGCUAUCGUUCAAGCCCAUCGCCCACGUUUGCUCAUCACUCUCUAGCUUCCUACGCUCCUGCCACAUCAUCGUCAUCGUCGACCUCGUUUGACUUUGGUGGGCGCGGAAGCCGAGCUUCACGCAUCUUUGCCAACCUUCCUCGUCACCGAAGGCGUGGCAGUGAAAGCUUUAGCAUACAGCACAGGCAUCUCCACCUCGACAAUCCGCGCGAAGAGGACGAAGAGGGCCUCCGGAGUGACGGCGAGGAAGACGAAGAAGACGGCGAGACGUUGCGUGGCGGUCAGCAGCGCCACUUUCUCUACGACACCCUGCAGCCCUCUACCACUUUGGACGGGGCCUUGGGCUCGCGGGCGGUGCCGAGGUCACCGGCGGACCUCUCUGCUCCGUACCCCCUAGAGGCUCAACAGCAGGCUGGCUUUGCCGCCCAGCACCAGCAUCAGCAACAGCAGCAGCAGCAGCAGCAGCAGCAACAACAACAACAACAACAACAAGGACAACAACAACAGCAAGCCGACCUCGCGGCUGCUCAAGCUCAAGCUCAAGCCCAGGCCCAAGCGCACGCACAAGCUCAGGCCCAGGCACACGCUCAUGCUCAUGCCCAUGCACAAGCACAGGCUCAGGCCCAUGCCCAGGCCGAAGCUCAGGCGCAGGUCCGGCAAGCCCUUGAUCGGGACCAUGACGCUGCAGUGGCCGCUCUCACACAGUCAAUGAACGAGAGCAACGGCAAUGGCCACGGUCCGGGUCACUUCGGCGCUGCACCGGCUCUCGAGCAUCUCCAGCAGGAAGCACCUUUGGUGUCGGGGCCAUCUCCCUCAGCGCCCGUUGCCAUGUCUUCCAUGGGGCCUCUGUCGCAGGGCGGCGCGCCUGCGCCUGGCUCCGUCCCAGCGCCUGCGCCUGGUCAAGACAAAGCUACCAGCGUCGCAGCCAUUGCCCGGAUCGGUGAUCUCUUGGACCGCGUCUCGGACCUGGCCAACAAUGCAAGGCAGUCUUUCCACCAAGGCCAGCACGAGAGAAGCAGUCUCUGCCUCACCGAUUUGCAGCGAAGUCUCACAGAGAUCGGAGAACUAGGAAGCAGAAGCCUGGCAUUGGUCAGUGAUGGACAAAUGCAGGAAAAGCAGCGAUCAUCAUCAUCGUCGUCGUCGUCCCAAGAUACGCACCAGCGACCAGGAGGCCAUCGAAGAACGGCCACCGAGUCAGCGCUGAAGAAGAGGCCAGCCAACGAAGCAGAUAUCGACUUUUCGCCCUUUAAGACACUCCGCUCCCAGGAUGGCACACCCAUCAAUCCGCCCCCUUCGGCGCCUCCAGUUGUGUACGACGAUGUCACUUCCGCCUCGACUGGCAGCGGCGUGCCCGCACCAGCCAGCGCACCAGCUCAUCCUCCAUCGGCGCCACCCAUCUUCAGCUCGGCUCCACCUGGACAUCAACUGGCAGUGGCGCGGGCGCAGCCGACACCGCCACACCGGCUGCAGAUUGGCAACAAUCCUCAAGCCUUUAAUCAUGGUGCAGCCUCGCUGCAGCAGUCGCCUGUCACGCCUCAGAGCGCUUUCAGCAAUUAUUAUCACGGCGCCAACGGCUCGCGACCUCAGGGCAUGAUGACGCAUCCAUCGACACCCUCAAGCGAGAGUCUGCCAGGAUCAAGCCAAAUGUCUCAGUCUUCCUCUACGAACCACGUUGGUAGUGCAUUACAGAUGGCUCUACACAAUCAGCAACAGCAGCAUCACCAUCAGCCGCAGCAUGGGCAGGGCCUGCCUGCGGCCAAUGUUCCUCCUUCACCUCAAGAGUCAUGGGGGCAGACCGACUCGAGCUUCGAGGGUGCAAUCAGCCGUGAUUCGCAGCCGUCAUUGGCCCAGCAACCCCAUCCCUCCUCAGCUCAUGGUCAGCAAAUGACGCACCACCGCAGGACAAAGAGCGGCAACGGCAAGAGCGGUUCUUCGUCGUCGUCGCUCAUGUUUGAUCUGCACAAUGGUGAUGACAACGGUGACAGCAGCACUCUGGCUUCUGAACGCGGCAUGUCGGGCGCCACCGUACCACCGGAGCUCAAGACCAAGCUUGAGAGGAUCUUUUUUGAGUUUCUCGAAAAGGUCUGCUCCGACAUCGACUAUUGCGACAGCAAGGGUGAACACCUCCAUCAGAUCCUCACGGCAAAGAAGAUGAGCCGAUCGUCGCUCGCGACGACGAACUUCAAAGCCUUCAAAUUUCGGAUUCAGGCUUUCACCAAUGCCUUUCACGAAGAGGUUGUUCAUCAGCUUGGUGAGGAUGAGUGCAACUCGAAACAGUCGAGGGCCUACCUGUGGACGUCGAGCUACAUCGCACGAUUCAACGAGGCCGGUGUCAAGGAGAAGAGCAAGGGCAAUCACGUUUGGCGAGUCGAAGCGCGCAAGAACAAUCAGGGCCGAUUCGAGUUUCGCGAAUUCAAGCGCAAGAUCAUUGCCCCCGCCCAGGUGGCCUACCACGGCAUGGAGUGGACCUGGCAUUUGCGCAUCUGGGACCCGCAAGCACCCUCGACGUCGAUCAAGGCCUUUUUCGGAGCACAAAGCCUUCCACACUGGAUCAAGUGGAAGGAAGGCGAACAGCCCAUUCUCCACGGUACCCCCGACGCCUCGUGCGAAUCGACUCAGCUCAACAUCACCGCCCACUAUGUUGCUAGAGGCAAUCAACAGCUCGUGCGGCUGUCAGCUACCGUCGAUCUGCACGUCUCGCCCCUCCUCGAAACGGCUGCACCACCGGAGCAGGCCACCACUGAGCAAGACGCAACUGUCGAUGAAAUUGAACUGGAUCAGGCAGAAGCUGUCAUCGCACCCUCGCAAGUGGCACAGGUCAUUUCGCAAAUCAACUUUCCCUUUACCCCUCCGGCAUCGCUCUCGAACCGAAAUCAAUUCUUCGGGGGAAAUGAGCCUGUGCCUCCUCUGCCCGAACAUCACCAGCAACAGCACCAUCAGGAACAGUUCAACACUCAGCAGCAACCUCAUCAGCAAGUUGUCAAGACGGAAGAGCCCGGUACUGAUGCUGCACAGCCUCAGGAGCAGCUCAACCAGAUGCGCAACCUGUUGAUGAAGCAGGAGGAAGCAGCCUCGUCCAUGAGGCUCAACAUGCCGCCCGUGCGUCUCAACAAGGGUCACAUGCAGCAGGCUCAAUCCUCGGUCUCGCAGCCUCAAACGCCGAUGAUGGCGCAGCAGGCCAUGUCCCAGCCCCCUCCGGCGAGCCCUAUGGUCGACAUGAGUCGACAGCCGCCACAGCAGCGCAUGGUUGAAGCCAUGCACAUGCAACCUACCAUGUCGCAGCCGCCCCAGAAUCACAGUUCGCUUCAGCAUCCCGGCUUGACUCUGACGCCCAUGUCUUCGAUGCCCCAGAUGGCGUCCACUCUGCCCCACGUCACGCAUAUGGCCGCCAACAGUAAUGAUCCAAUGCUCUCGCCGGCGUUGCCCAUUGGAUUCGACCCAAUUGCUCACGAGGGUGCGCGCAUUGCACAAAUGCAACAGCAACAACAGCAGCAGCAACAGCAGCAGGCCAUGGCCGACAUGGGCAUGCAGCCACAGCAACAACAGCAUCAACCACCAUCCAACCCCCAGCAUCAAACACAGCCUUAG